AUUGGCAGAGCAGACUCCUAAACCAUCACUUGUCUCUCUAGCUAGAGAGAGAGAGAGAUAGAGGGAGAGAGAAGAAAGAAAAGAAGGCAACAUACAUAAAAGGAAUAGUGGAAAUAGUAGCAAGCAGUAGUUUAGUGAGAGAAAAAGACAGGCAAUUAGGGUACCCAUCGGAAAAGUUGCUCACAAAAAGCUAACCUCUGUCCCCCCCUUCCUCCUCCUUCUCCCACUACUCUUUCAUUGGCUACUGCACCUUCCAAUUCCUUAUCUUUGUUUUCGACCAUUUUAGUUUCUGCUAUUCGGGGCCUCUUUUACUUGGGUUCUGUCUGAGUCAGACAAGAGGAGGAAGUGAAUCACUCGCCUAUUAUUGGGCUUUGCCUUUGAUUCUCUUCUCUGCCCAAGUUCAUGCUAUGUUCCCAUCUUUAGUUUCAGUUUCUGCGGGGGACAAUUCUAGGGCUUCUAUCACUGGAUUUCAGGUGUCCUUUUGUGGGGUAAUUUCAAGUGUGUAUGACAACUGGGUUACAUUUGUGUUGGUUUUCAACUACAAUUCAUGUCCCACAUAUGGAUUCUAGGGAUUUUUAGGUUGCUAAACUUUCUUCAAGACACAACCACUUUGGUGGUUUCUAAUAUCUGAGAAGGCGGUGGUUUCAGCGAUGUAAAAUUAAGACCUUCUGCUUUCCCGUCUGUGGUAUUUUGCUCUGGCCGUGUUUCUGUGCUGUUAGAGUAUUUUUCUUUCUUUUUGUGGGUAAAUAUGGCAACUGAAUCCAACACUGGUUUUUAUGACGGGACGUUGAGCUCUGUGAUGAAUCGUCAUGCCAUAUCCUUUCAAUCGGCUGCCAUAAACAGCACGUCUGAGAUGAUUCCCAUGGGGACUUACAUCGGGGUUAGUACCAGUCCCGCAGGAUUGAUCUUGCCAGGGAAUUCGAGUAUGGUUACUGCUGCUCCUAGUACGAUUAUUCAACCUGGGAAUUCUUCUGCGGCUUCUCUUCUUCUUGAUUCAGUGCCUGGACUAAAGCAUGAAUCUAGUUUGGCCGUUGAAUGGUCUGUUGAUGAACAGUACAAAUUGGAGGAAGGCCUUGAGAAAUUUAAAGAUGAACCAAGUAUUAUGAGGUACAUAAAAAUUGCAGCCACUUUACGUGACAAAACCGUACGUGAUGUCGCACUAAGGUGUAGAUGGAUGACGCGAAAACGUAGGAAACCUGAAGAACAUAAUUCUGGAAAGAAGUUCAACACCAGAAAGGAUAAGCUUGUGGAAUCAUCCGCAAGGGUGAACUUACCUUCAGCUCUGCCACAGAAUAUGGCCACCUAUCCUCUCAUGAUGCACAAUAUGGGAUCAUCAGAGCUUGCAGCUUUAGAAGGAUUAAGUGGUGCUGCGUUGCAUCUUCUGGAACAAAAUGCUCAAGCUUUCAGUCAAAUCACAUCUAACCUUUCUACAUAUAAGUUACAGGAUAACAUUGAUCUCUUUUGCCGGACAAGGAACAAUAUUAUUGCCAUCCUAAAUGACAUGAGAAAUAUGCCUGGCAUAAUGAGUCAGAUGCCACCAUUGCCGGUAUCAAUUAAUGAGGAUCUUGCAAAUAGUAUAUUGCCUAAUUCUACUCAGUCGAUAAUCUAUGGCUUGCCUGGUGGUACCCAUCUGAAGCAAGAGCCGAGGUGCUGAUGGAGAAAUCUUUUGAGGUAUGGUAUGGAUGUAUCUGCUUUGUGUAAGUACCCAAAAUUUCUACCUGUAAAUGCAUAAGAAGCUGGUAGGAGGUUCUUCUUUCCUUCAUAUUACAGACGGCACUCAUAUUGGUGCCACAGUGGAAAAAAGAAAAAAAAGAAAAAGAGAUUGUAGAGAUCCCAUUUUUGGAACCAAAAAUGUUUUAGCAUGCCAGAUAUGAAGUCCCAAGCACCAGAUAAUAAGAAUGCAAACGGCCUAAAUAUCUCCUGGCUCCAUGGAGAAAAUCUAACAAGAUUUUAGCUGAAUUUUGAGUUGAAGGUUAGUGUGUAUAAAUUGUGGACAGAUAAACACCUUGGAGUGGAUCCUUAUUUUGGUGCUUCAUUUAUGGCAACCUUUAAGAAUGUUAUUUUUCAA